AUGGGAUCUCAAGAUAUACAUACCGACCUACCAAAUUCCGACGCCCCCGAGCUUCAUCUCAGCCACCCGACAGAAAAUGAAUGUGUCAAGAUCUGGACUAACACCUCGACGUCUUGGGGAGACUCCCUUGAACUCCCAGAGUAUCUGGAAGAAUCUCUAUUCCUGACAACUAUCCCGCUGGCAAAGGAUGGUGGAAUGACUACCUGGAUUCUAGUUGAUAAAAACCUACCACCAGACAAUCGGCCAAUCGUCUGCUCCUGCGAAAGUUUCUACAAGCGCUCCUUAACGAGCGAUGCCGAUGGAAAUGUUGAGGAUGUGGUCGUCCACGGCAUCGCUAGCGUUUUUUGCCCUGAAGAGUACCGAGGUCGCGGUUAUGCUGCUCGCCAUAUGAAGGAGCUUGCUAGACUUCUUCGUAAUUGGCAGUCAGAUUAUGCCAAAGUUGUUGGUAGUGUGUCAUACUCAGACAUCGAAAAGGCAUACUAUGCAAAGCUAGGAUGGAUUCCUAAUCCUACUAAUAUGCAUUUUGAAUUCCCCCCACUGAAGACUCCCAAAUCUAGUCUCGUCGAAGAGGUCACAGAGAGUGACCUCCCUGAACUUUGCAGGAGAGACGAAAUCAUGAUCCGUGAGGCUAUGGCAGCUCCAGCGCCAGGAGUAAAGAAACGCGUGACAAUCCUACCUGAUCUUGAUCAUAUGCUUUGGCACAUAAGAAAGGGGGAUUUUGCGACUAGACAUCUCUUCGACAAGAUACCCCAAGCGAAGGGUGCAAUUGCCGGGCCUCUAGGAAAACAGGUAUGGGCAAUUUGGACGCAUCGAUACUACGGUCGCCAUGAUGCGGAGUCCCCAAACAACGUUCUUUAUAUCUUGCGACUUGUUGUGGAAGGUGACAUGAGCGCAAAUCAACCUGUGGGCGUGGAUGGAGUCGGGCCUGUUCUGCCUAACGAGCAAUCAUCCUAUCUGGAGGCUGUCCUUCAGGCGGCUCAAGCUGAAGCAGCAGAACGGCAUCUAGACUCUGUUAAAUUAUGGGAACCUUCUCCAUGGGUUCAACGAGCAAUUAAAAAGAGCAAAAUUGAUUUCAAUGUGGUAGAGCGCGAGGAAGAUAGUAUUGCUAGUGGCAUGUGGUACGGUGAAAACGGUGACAUCGUGUCGCCCCCGAUAUGGAUUAAUAACGAGCAUUAUGCAUGGUGCUGA